CUUUGAAUAUUCUUGAAUCUUUGGUAAAUUAUGAAAUCUUGAAUCCUCAAGAAUAUAUUGACAUUCCUGCUAAAAAUGAAGCUAUUCACCGCAUGCUUAGUAUUGAAGAAAUAGUAAAUACCAUUAGUCAAUCAGACAACACUGACAAUAAAGAUCCUUCUUUAUCUACUCAAAAUCGACUUACCAUUUUCCAAAAGCUUACUCGUGAGCUUAAUAGUAUAUUUAUUGAAAGAAAAACUCAAAAAACUCUUGAUGAUUAU